CGCUGUGAGACGUCAGAGGCGCGGUUGGCGGCCGGGUGGAGGGGGCGCGUACUCCGGGCUCGCGCAGUCGUCGUCGGGGCGAGGCGCCGGAGGGUAUACGUGGAGGACGCUCCCGACCGUGUGCAAGGCCGGCUGCUGUACCCAUAAGCCAAGAUGGCGUCACUCAGAUCAGUACUGGCGGCGGCCAUAUCUCGUGGUUGUCGUCUCGCGGUUACGACCCAGAGCGGGUCGCUAAGCAACAGCUCUAAAUCUCUACUAGUCCAGCAAGUCAGACCCAAGAGUUCGCUGGCCGGGAGAGAGUAUCUGCAGCAGAUACCCCGGAUAGUAUCUGCCGUCCCUGCCUGCCAUCAGACCGCGAAAGUCAUAUUCGACGACAACAAGACCGCAGAGUUCAAAUACAUCUGGCUGCGGGACAACUGCAAGUGUCCGUUGUGUGUGGACGUCGACACGCGUCAGAAGCUGCUCGACACGCCUGCACUCGACCCAAAGAUCAAACCGAAGGCUCUGCAGAUCAACGAUCGUGGCGAUCUGGUCAUCACAUGGCAGUCCCACGGUGGCGAGGAGCACGUGUCCACAUUCACCAACGACUGGCUGUACCGGUACGGCCAGUGCUUCAUGCACGACACGUUCACGGCUCCCGCUACCCUGGAGGAGGAUGGUGCCUGGCCGCGGCCGCCGCUCACCCUCUGGAACCGCUACAUCAUCCAGAAGCGGCUGCCAGAGGUCGAAUAUCAGGAGUUCAUCGAGUCGGACGACGCGCUGUUCGAGUGGCUCGACAUGUUCUAUAAGUUCGGCUUCGCCAUGCUGAGGAAUGUGCCGACAGACCCGGAUCAACUGAAGGAGGUGGUCGGACGCUUUGCCUACAUCAAGGAGACGCAGUACGGCGUGACCUGGAGCGUGCGGAUCAACCCGACCCCCGGGGUGCACCUGUUCCAGACGGGACUGGGACUGCAGCUGCACACAGACAUGAACUACCGAGAGAACUCGCCUGGCAUGCAGCUGCUGCACUGCCUCAAGGCGGAGCACCCGGACAAGUUGGGACGUGACCCGGGCGGCCAGUCGUUCUUUGUCGACGGCUUCCGGGUGGCCAAGUGGAUGGAGGACAACGAGCCGUCGGCCUACCACAUCCUCACCUCGACGCCGAUACUCUUCAGCAUCAAGAACAAGGGCCAGCGGUACGGCAACAUGGUGCCCAUUAUCGUCACCGACUCCGAGGGAGACGUCACAGAGAUUCACUACAACAACCGCACCAUGGGACCGCUCCAGGCUCCUGACCACGUCGUGGUGCCGUUCUACCACGCCUACAAGCUGUUUUCGGAGCGGAUGCGCCAGGAGUCUCAGCAGCUGACGUUCCAUCUCCAGCCGGGAGACGUGGUGGCCUUCAACAACCGGCGCGUGAUGCACGGCCGGGGCAGCUACGAUCCCAACAAGGUGGAGAGACACCUGCGCGGCUGCUACGUGGACAUUGACGAGGCGUUUUCCAAGUACGACCAAAUGCUCUCGCAGCGGCCCCCGCUGCUGUAGGGCGCUCCAACGCCGGGCUGUGUCGACCGAAGGAGGAGAAGAAAAGGCUGAAGGAGAAGUAGAGCUAGCUGCGGGGAAAGAAGAAGAGGCUAGCUAAGGGAACAGCUGGCUGAAGAAGGAGCUGGCUUUUGGGGGGGGGGGGGGGCAAGGCAGUGCUAGCUGAGGACAGAAAGGGCGUCGUGCAAGAUCGCUGGACACCAAGACUCCACAGCGUCCAUUUCACGCUAACCUCAUUGUACUUCUGAGAGGGGCUGUCUUGAAGAAGCUUCUGUUUAUUGCGCUGUAGCGAGUUGGCGACUUGCUGAAUGUGGUUUGGUAGAUUUGGUGGCAGGACUGUGACUGGGUUAGAGGGAUUCUACCCCGGUCAAGAUUUAGGGAUGGUGUGGUGGUAUGCAAAGCAGAUAGCGUUCUUCCGGUGGUCCUCUUAACCAACUUUCGCGGUCUGCAUCUGUAUCUUGCAUUCGACACUUUGCUUUGCCGUCGUCUAUUGAUCGUACAGAAAUGCCUGCUUCCCCCUCCUUCUUUCACUUUGCCGUGGCAGGCAGAGAGAGAAGGCUGCGUCGUCUCCGUGAGACGUGAACAUAAAUAUGAGGUACAUAAUCUCACGGGGCAGAUGGUA